GGUAAUAUUAUAUACCUAACAAUAAUGAGUAGUGAAGAUAUAAACGAUGAUAGGCUAAAAGCAGAAUCAUUGUUUGACUUAGCUAGCUAGAGAUGGCAUCAAGUUGCAACAAAGGGUUCGCAGAUAGUUAUAUGAUAUUGAAUCCGGAGCAUGCUCAUUCCAUAGAAAUUAUUCGUCUUUUAUUUUCACGUAACAUAGGACAUAGAAAAUUUGUGGAAAGUCAUGCUGAGGGAUCUGUGGAAGGAAGCUUCCGAAGUAGAUGGCUUAUAUUUGUUUCUAUUGUUCUUCAGAAACUUAUUUUGUUUGUGGCUAAGCCACUUGCCAUGCUUGGUUCUUUCAUUGAGAUGUUCAUCAACCUCAUUGCCCUCAAUGGAGGCAUCACUAUGAUUAUACUUAACUUUCUCACAGGUCAUUUAGUGAUCCCCGAUCCAAAAUCAGCAAAAUACUUGUCUUGCAUUGGAAAUUUGGACCCACGAGUGAAAAUAGUCGACAUUCUCCAGCGUGAAGACAACAAAUAUUAUGUUUCUCUAGCUAUGAUGGCUUCAAAAGCAUGUUAUGAGAAUGCAGCUUUCCUUAAGAAUACUAUCACACAUGACUGGAAGAUGGAAUAUGUAGCAUUUUUUGACUGCCAGAAUGAAUAUCAAGGAAAGGCCACAACACAAGUAUUGAUAUUGUUGGACAGAUAUAAGGACCGUGACACAUAUGUGGUGGCUUUCCGAGGAACAGAACCCUUUGAUGCGGAUGCAUGGUGCACUGAUCUUGACAUCUCUUGGUAUGGUAUUCCCGGCGUCGGAAGAAUGCACGGCGGCUUCAUGAAAGCGUUAGGGUUACAAAAAAAUUUGGGAUGGCCUAAGGAGAUUCAAAGAGAUGAAAAACUUCCACCACUAGCUUAUUAUGUUGUUAGAGACAUACUAAGAAAAGGUUUGAGUGAAAAUCCUAAUGCAAAGUUUAUACUCACGGGACAUAGUUUGGGUGGUGCAUUAGCAAUAUUAUUUCCAACCAUAAUGUUUUUACAUGAUGAGAAAUUGUUGAUUGAGAGGUUGGAAGGAAUUUACACGUUUGGACAACCAAGAGUUGGAGAUGAUAGAUAUGCACAAUUUAUGAGACAUAAAAUGAAGGAAAAUCGUGUAAGGUAUUGUAGGUUUGUUUAUUGCAAUGACAUUGUUCCUAGGUUGCCGUACGAUGAUAAGGAUAUGUUGUUCAAGCACUUUGGGGUUUGCCUUUUCUUUAAUAGGCGAUAUGAACUCAAGGUUGUUGAAGAAGAACCCAACAAAAACUAUUUCUCGUUAUGGUGUGUGAUACCGAUGGUACUCAACGCUAUCUUGGAAAUUUUAAGGAGUUUUACCAUUGCUUACCAAAAUGGACCUCACUAUAGAGAAGGAUGGUUUCUUUUCUUUUUUAGGAUGGUUGGUUUACUCAUUCCUGGAUUACCUGCUCACGGUCCCCAAGAUUAUAUUAAUUCCACUCUUCUCGGAUCAAUUGAAAGGCAUUUCAAGGAAGAUUAAUUAUGUAGCAAUCUUUUAUCAACAUAAAAGAAGAACGAUGUAUCAAUUAAUAAGCAUUAUUUGAUAGAGCAUGCUAAUUUGGCGCAUCGACUUGAAAUAAGGAUGCAAAUGCAAAGUUGUUUAUUUUAGAACCAUGUCUCUUUGUAGCAUGUAAGAAUUAAGAAACAAUCCUCUUAGCUAAAUUUGUGUUGAAAUAAAUUGUGGAGCUUAAUUAUAUGGGAGCCCUCUUAAAAAUUAUACUA